AUGGCUGCUCAAAUCAAUACCCAGAAAAAGAAAGUGGGCCAAAACAUUAAAGUUGUUGUGAGAGUCAGGCCCUUCAACAAAAAAGAAUCCCGAGGCCAGUCCAGAAUGGCAGUUAACUGCAUAUCGCCCACAGAAAUCCAGACAAAAGAUAAAAAAUACUGCUUCGACAGGGUUUUCCAACCCGAUUGCAACCAGCUGGACAUUUACUCAUACAUCGUCGAGCCGAUGAUCAACGACGUAUUCGCCGGAUACAAUUGCACCGUUUUCGCUUAUGGACCAACUGGUACAGGAAAAACGCAUACCAUGAUUGGAGGUGAUCCUAGUUCCCUGUCUUCACUGGAUUGGAGACGAAACGAAAAAGCCGGUUGUAUUCCCAGAGUGGCCACCAACAUAUUCGACGAAAUCGCUUCGAGGAAAGUAAAUGAUUACAACGUUCGUGUAUCAUUUCUGGAGCUUUAUAAUGAAGAAAUACGAGAUUUAUUGAAUUCAGACAAGCGCCGGCCACCAUUAAACAUCUUCAAUGACGACAAGGGCGCCGUCUUCAUACAAAACCUAAAUGAAAAAAACGUCUUCAACAGCAAUGACAUACACGAACUACUGAAACAAGGCACACUAAGAUGUCAGACCAACUCAACUCACAUGAACAAUCACAGCUCUCGUUCGCACACAGUUUUCACCAUAACCGUACACAUCAAAGAAGCUGAUUUAAACGGCGAAGAAGUUUUGAAGACAGGCAAAAUAAAUCUAGUAGAUCUGGCCGGCAGUGAAAAUAUCGCGAAAAGCGGCGCCAAAGAUAAAAAGGCUCUGGAACUGGCCAACAUUAAUCGGUCGCUGUUGACAUUGGGACGCGUGAUACAAAUUUUGACAGAAAAAAACAAUAGGCACGUUCCUUAUCGGGAUUCGAAGCUAACGAGAAUUUUGCAGGACAGUUUAGGAGGCCACACCAAAACCUGCCUCAUCGCCACCGUGUCUCCAGCUGACAGCUCCUACGAAGUAACCCAGUGUACUCUAGAAUAUGCAAUGAGGGCUAGGGACAUCAAAAACACUCCGAUGGUCAACGAAAAAGUAACACAAGUCGAAAUGUUCAAACAACUGACAACGGAAAUUGAAGAACUAAAACGCAAAUUAGAAGCCACUCAACUUGGCGAAGGCGGAAGCGGAGGCGCAGGCUUUUUCGUGGCGCAACAACACUGGGACGAAAUACAAAAUCAGCUUCACGUCAACUCAAAUUCGUUAACAAUGAAAAACGAAAUUAUGGACGACAUGAAAAAGCGCCUGGCCGAUCUCGAAGUGAUACAAAAAAUUAAAACGCGCGACUACGAGGAAGCGAUGAAAAAUUGCAAAAACAAAGAGAAAAUCAUCCACAAAGCGACGGCGCUUCUCAAAGAACACCGUGAAAAUUUGCAACAGGAAAAGUAUUUGUCCAAAAAUUAUUUCCAAGCGGUGCAAGAUGAAAACACCCAGGCGAAAUGUUUGCUGCAGGCCAACAAUACAUUGACCGAAAAUUACAACAUGGCGCGGUUCAAACUCAAAACCCAAUAUUUGAAUAGUCUCUCCAACAACUGUUUAAUACAGGAAAAGUGUCGCAGUUUGCAACAAACUAUUGUUAGCGGUCGGGAGCAAUUGGACAAGAUGUCGUUAACGUCACAGUCUGCCGUGACCAAUCAAAUGGCUGUUUUGGAAGAAAGUGCGCGGGCGUGUCACCAGGAACUGGAGCGUUGCGCUGCUUGGAAAAAGGAAAUUGAGGAUGUGGCUAAUAAUAAGAACGGAGUGAGUGAGGUUAUUGAGGAAAGACCGAGUUGUGUGAGUGAAGUGAUGGGAUUGGUCGAUAAAGGAUGUAAAAAUAAAUACACGACAAGAAAUGCGGACCCUCUGAACAGAUUGAGAUCGCGUUUGAGGAACAUGUAUCACAUGCAAAUACAAAGCAAAAGGCAACAAAUCAAAUUAUUGGAACAAGAAGUCAAAGAAAUGGUAGAAAAUUUGGAAAUAAUCGACAGAAGAACCAACAACUUUACUAUCGAGGAGGAAGAAGAUGAAAAUAUGAUCAAACAAGAUUUCAUAUCAAAAUCAACAGUAUUGCCAAAUACUGGAGUUGAUUUGGUAGCCCAGACUGAGAGUGUUGAGGAAAAUUUUGAAAAUAUAAAGUCACGCCUUACUGAGUUAAUCAACCAAAAAAUCGACACGGAAACGGCCCAUUUGAACCUCAACCAAACUCAUAUUAAUACUAUGAAACAAAUGAUCGCCUCAACAGAAAAAUCUCUAAAAAUGCACAUUUCUGAGCAAAAAUCACUAUUAGAAACGACUGAGAAAAUAGGAAAAGAUUUAUUAGAUGAGUGGAUUCAGGCGAUUCCAGCCGACGAUACUCCAAAUAAAGUCAGCGUCAAUUAUCCGAAACAGGUGGGCGAUGGACCUUUGCCCAGGGAUGUGCUUAUUAAAAAGUUUCAAGAGGAAUUUGAUGAAGAUAUUAGUAAUGAGUCUUUCCAUUUGAACGUGUCAACAAAUACUGAGGAACACCUCACCCCUCGAAAAAGCAAUGAAUACUCGGAAACUGCCACCUAA